AUGGCGGCGGCGAGAUCAGAGGAGCAGGUCAUUCAUAGUCAUUCCCUGGAUGAUGAAACAGAUGCAGUUAUGGAGCCUCCGCUGGAUGAGUUUGAUAUGUGGGAUCAUUACCAAGCUGCAGCUGUCGGCGACGCAAGGAAACGAGAGGCCAUCUCGCAGUUGCAGAAGUCCUUCCUGGACCAGCUGCAUUCCGAGAUGGACGUGAAUGCGGCCGCCGCCAAGGCGCUGCUCCACCUCAAGGCCAAGGCUUCCUUAGAAGCCUCGCUGGAAAGCGAGACCUCUGAGGGAGCGGAAGGAUCCCCCACAGCUUCCUGGUGGGACUCCGAGUCUUCGCCCACGGAGCACAAUGGACAACAUGUCAAGAUCUGCGAUGACGAAGAGAGGACAAUGGAGCGCGACAUGGACGAGUUUGAUCUGAUGGCACAACGCAGUGCUGCUUUCGAGUCUCUUCCAGACGAUCGGAAGCGAGCAAUCUCCGCGCUGCAGUCCGCGUUCCUGGAUGCCCUGGACACGGAAGAUGUGAAUGGCGCGGCUGCAGCAGCAUUGAAGCGCCUCCUGUCGAACCCAGCCGGCGAGGAUGCAGAUAGGAGUGGCGGCAAGCCUUCGAUUUUCCAAAUGCUCUUCCAAGAGAAGUUGAAUUCAGAAGAGAUGUCUGCAGAGACGGGAAGCUUCGACGCAAAGGUGGAGGCGCUGAAGGCAUAG